CUCUUGCCAAAUUAGUAAGGCACGGCAAGUACGGCUCACAGACCGUGUGCUUGUUGACGUUCUCAUAGAAAGUGCACCGAGAGUGCUUAUGGACAGCGUGUUGCGAAGGACAACUCAGCCAAAGUUUCGUGUGAACAAUCUCCGUACUACCCCUAAUCUGCUCUUCGAAGAACAGUUUUCAUGGACGAGAAAGUGCGGGUGCAUCGAAUUAGCUCUCUCCGAAACCCUUUGCUCUGUGCUGCUGUGAACAAAUGCAAAGCCCAUCUAAACAGCGUAGUGCUGGAGGUUCAGUCUAGGGGGCAGCCUGCGCUGUGGCGGAAGAAAGUGGAUUUGAACGUGCCCCAGUCAAAACCAAUGCGUCGUCGUCGUGUUGCUAAGAUCUUAUUAGUGCUCAUGUUGACAUGUACGGUGUGCUUAUCCUCCAAUGAUAAAUGGCCCAGACCAAAGACAAAAUGUCCGUUGCUUGAACGCUGUACCUGCAAGUUUAAGAGGGAAGGCGCCGUCACUUGGUGCGCGAAUAUCUCCAACGCCAGCGAAGUUGAUUCUGACAUGGCCAAGCUGCAGGGCGUCAUGUUGAGAAGACUGUCGUUAUCGAACAUCGACAUCGCCGAUCUUCCAGUCACCUGGUUUCGAAACCACUCGAUGAUGUUUCUGGAUAUCCUCCACUGCGGUCUGCGCGACAUCAAGGAAACAGCGAUUAGUGGCAUAACAUACCUACUGCACUUACGACUGGACAAGAACGAGCUAGAGAGUGUUCCCGCUAGCUUGACCAUUGCAAAGCGUUUACUUUGGCUCAAGGUCAGAUGGAACCGGAUUAAGCACCUCGAAGGCAUGCUGAGACUGCUGGAAUUGAAGGAGCUUGACCUUAGCUACAACGAAAUUGAGACGAUCAGCGAAGAUUACCUCCAGGGUUUACCAAACCUCGAGGACUUUCUCUUGACCACCAACAAGAUCAAGCACCUGCCGCGGAAUCUUUUCAGAAACACAACGCGGUUGAAAACGGUGAAGCUUAGUAAUAACCAACUUUCCUCGAUAGACGGCUUGUUUGAUCGACUGCACCACUUGGAGGUUCUUCACCUCAUGCACAAUUUGAUACGUGACGCCGACAGCCUUGUCAAAUCAAAAUUGCCCAACUUGAAGAAAGUUCGUCUCGACGAGAACAACUUAAGUGUCAUUACCAAAUUCGCACCAUCAAACUUCCGAAUGAGAGAGCUCAACUUGCGCCAAAACUCCAUCACAAGGAUAGAGUCCAGUGCUUUUAUGCCCCUUACAGACUUGGUCAUUCUAAACCUAGCUCACAACAGCAUUUCAUAUGUGAACGAAUCGAUUUUCUCAUUUAGCUCAAAGCUGGAAUAUCUAAACUUGUCUAGAAACAAGCUAAUUACUCUAACGGGAGCGUUCAAUCGUGUGCGCCAAAUCAGGGGCUUACAACUCUCGUUCAACAAUAUAGAUAACAUCACUGGUGUCUUGAGUGGCCUAAGUCGGCUCCGAAAGCUCUCAUUUAGAAACAACCUGCUUAGUUGCAAUCCGGAUGGAACCUUCAGCGACAACGGCGACUUGCUGACCCUUGAUUUGGCUUCAAACAACAUCCGGUGGCUAGGAAGGGAUGCUUUCAAGGGUCUCUUAACACUACGCCAACUGCGCCUGCAGAGUAACCAACUACUUUCUCUGAACGGGUCUGUGAGAGGUUUGCCUAAACUGGAAUACCUGGGCCUGUCUUUCAACGUGCUGCAGGUGGUGGAAAGUGGGGAGUUUGAAAAUGACGCCGCUUUGACUACCAUCUCUUUCGCAAAGAACAACAUCAGCAGUGUUGAAGGCGCAUUCACUGGUGCCACGGCCUUGCGGUCCUUGCACCUCGCCGACAACCGAGUGAAACGACUGCUAAGAAGAGACUUCUCACCCAAUAUGUCAAGCGAGAUGAUCAUCAAACUCGAAAGUAACGUACUGCUUUGCGAUUUCUUUUCUUCAAUCCAUGAUUAUAGCUUAUAUUAGUUGUGUAAAAACACUGCUUCUCGAGGAUUUAGUCUGAACGGAUAAUUGUAUCGCCUUCUUUUUUUAAUAACUGUAUUCACGGAGUUGUUGGUGCUUCUUAGAUAACGCCGGCUACUCCUCUUCUGUUGAUUCAUCAUGUGGUAGAGUAAAGUAUUCAACAAAGUAUGAAGAAGAAAAAAACUUCAGGGACAGAAGCUGCA